UCCCGCCCCGCUCCGCCCCGAUUUCAGAGCAUUGACUUGCAUCAUGCCCUAAUUGUUUACCAAGGAAUCAGUAAGGAAAGGAAGUUGGUUAGGACCGAAUCCUCCCUUUCAACUCGGAUGUUGUAAUAUCAGGGGUAAACCAUGCAUUAAACGCUGGCGCCUUUUAUCUGGCUGCUCAACAGGUUGCAUUUUGUAAAUGCCUCCCCCUACCUAGCUCCCCCGGCUCCCGCAACACUAUUCCUCAUUUUUGGUUUGAGAAGACGUUGGGGAUCCUGGAGAAGAAGAUCGGAGUCGGCAGGGCAGCUACACUUGUUUACCGGGAAUAAGCAGAGUCAAGGCGCACACAGAACAAAAGCCGCCAGGAGCAGGGAGCGCUGGUCCACCUCAUCCUGCAAUCGCCAGCAUCAUUUCAAUGGGAAGCAGAGAAGGUGUAAACGUACAAGCAGAGGCAGCAAACGCCCUGGUGGCUGUGUUGUUGCUGCUACUAUUAUUGUUACGGCUGCUCCUCCUCCAACACAGCGUUCCUGUCUGGUGUGAGCCCGGGCAGACGCCCCGCCACCUCUCCAUCCUUCCUUCCAACCAUCCAUCUAGCUCUCCAUCCAGGCUCCACAGGGCCCUACUGUGUGCCAGGCCCGGGACUGGACACCGGGCACCUAACCCACAGUCCACCCAGUUCGAGAGCGCCUCCCUCCCUUCCUCCUGCCCCAGGAGGGUGCGGCUCGGGGGUGGGGGAUCUCUUCGCGGAAAGGUCCAGAAAGCCCGAGCCCAGAAUCCCGGCGAGAGGCGCAGCUGGAGGCGGCCCGACUUGGGCGGCCCGGGAGCGCGCGCCUCCGAGGCCGCGCGGGGUCCCCCUGUCUGGCGCUCAGGUGGCUCCGCCGCCCACUCCGCCGCUCCCGCUCCCAGGGCCCUCCCCUCUCCGGCGAGGGUCGAGUUUGGCUGUUGCGCGCGGGGAGGGAGGGGCUACGAGGGAUUUGAAAGUGCACAGGCUGCGGAGUGGAGCUCGCAUCUGUUCCCGCCGCCCGCGACCGGAUUAAAUUUCUGCAAAUUCAAACUGAAUGGGGCUUUCUUCCGCUGCCUUCCAGAGGGCGCCUGCAGCCCGCCGCGCGCUGCUCUCGGGCGGGAGCGGCUGCCCGGCGCGCAGCUAGGAGCCAGCGAGCCGGACCCGAGCCCGUGCGGGCCGACCGGCGGCAGCGGCGAGGGCGGAGGCUGCCAAGGCGCCCGGGCUCCGGGACCAGGCAUCCCGGCUCCCGGACCGGGCAUCGGACCGCGCCCCCCGCCUCCCCUCCCCGGCCCGCGCGCUCCCUGCUCACCCGAGCCGGGCGACAGUCACCAGCCGCCCGGACGGGACUCCGGCUCCCGAAAGGGGCCCGGGCGACCCUCGGAAGAAGAACUUCUUGGGGGCGGGCCCCGUGUACCCCGCGGCCCCGGCGGCCGCUAUUGUCUGCGUGCGGCGCUCGGCGGCGGUCGGGGGCGCGGGAGCCGCGGACCGGGCGGGGCUGGGCCCAGGGCGGCGGCGGGAGGAGCCGGGGCAGCCGGACCAGGAGGAGGAGGAGCCGCGAGCGCGGGAGACGAGCCGAAGCGGCGCGGGCCGCGGGCGAGCGCGAUGCCGGCGGCGGCGGGGGACGGGCUCCUGGGAGAGCCGGCGGCGCCAGGGGGCGGCGGUGGCGCGGAGGACGCGGCCAGGCCGGCGGCGGCCUGCGAGGGAAGUUUCCUGCCGGCCUGGGUGAGCGGCGUGCCCCGCGAGCGGCUCCGCGACUUCCAGCACCACAAGCGCGUGGGCAACUACCUCAUCGGCAGCAGGAAGCUGGGCGAGGGCUCCUUCGCCAAGGUGCGCGAGGGGCUGCACGUGCUGACCGGAGAGAAGGUGGCCAUAAAAGUCAUCGACAAGAAGCGAGCCAAAAAAGACACCUAUGUCACCAAAAACCUUCGGCGAGAGGGGCAGAUCCAGCAGAUGAUCCGCCACCCUAAUAUCACCCAGCUCCUCGAUAUCUUGGAGACGGAAAACAGCUACUACCUGGUCAUGGAGUUGUGUCCUGGGGGCAACUUGAUGCACAAGAUAUAUGAGAAGAAGCGGCUGGAGGAAUCGGAAGCUCGCAGAUAUAUCAGGCAGCUCAUCUCUGCAGUGGAGCACCUGCACCGGGCGGGGGUGGUCCACAGAGACUUGAAGAUAGAAAACUUGCUGCUAGAUGAAGACAAUAAUAUCAAGCUGAUUGACUUUGGUUUGAGCAACUGUGCGGGGAUCCUGGGCCACUCAGACCCGUUCAGCACGCAGUGUGGCAGCCCCGCGUACGCCGCGCCCGAACUGCUGGCCAGGAAGAAAUACGGCCCCAAAAUCGAUGUCUGGUCCAUAGGUGUGAACAUGUAUGCCAUGCUGACCGGGACCCUGCCUUUCACGGUGGAGCCCUUUAGCCUGAGGGCUCUGUACCAGAAGAUGGUGGACAAGGAAAUGAACCCCCUUCCCACCCAGCUCUCCACAGGAGCCGUGAACUUCCUGCGUUCUCUUCUGGAACCGGAUCCCGUGAAGAGGCCCAAUAUCCAGCAAGCACUGGCGAAUCGCUGGCUUAAUGAGAAUUACAUGGGCAAAGUGCCAUGUAACGUCACCUAUCCCAACAGGAUUUCCCUGGAAGACCUGAGCCCCAGCGUGGUGCUGCACAUGACCGAGAAGCUGGGCUACAAGAACAGCGACGUGAUCAACACGGUGCUGUCCAACCGUGCCUGUCACAUCCUCGCCAUCUACUUCCUCUUAAACAAGAAGCUCGAGCGCUAUCUGUCAGGGAAAUCCGACAUCCAGGACGGCGUCUGCUACAAGACCCAGCUCUACCAGAUAGAGAGGUGCAGGCCCACCAAGGAGCCCUAUGAGGCCUCCCUGGACACCUGGACAAGAGACCUUGAAUUUCAUGCUGUGCAGGAUAAAAAGCCCAAAGAACAAGAAAAACGAGGGGAUUUUCUUCACCGGCCUUUUUCCAAGAAGUUGGACAAGAACCUGCCAUCGCACAAACAGCCCUCGGCCUCGCUCAUCACGCAGAUCCAGAACACCAGGGCCCUGCUGAAGGACCGGAAGGCCGCCAAGCCCGGCUUCCCUGACAAAGAUUCCUUCGGUUGCCGCAAUAUUUUCCGAAAAACCUCGGACUCCAAUUGUGUGGCUUCUUCUUCCAUGGAGUUCAUCCCAGUGCCACCUCCCAGGACCCCCAGGGUUAUCAAGAAACCGGAGUCCCCUCAGCAGGGGCCUGGGAGCACCAGCAUCCCCACCAAGGAAGACCCUUUGAUGCUGGACAUGGUGCGCUCCUUUGAGUCUGUGGAGCGCGAAGACCAGACAGAAUUGCUGUCCCCGUCCCAUCACUAUAGGAUUCUGAACUCCCCCGGGGUCCUGGCUCGCGGCAAUCCCGGGGAGCGGACGCUGUCACCUGUCCCUGCCGGAAGCCCAUCACCUCUCCAAACUCCUUUGCACUCCACCCUGGUCUCCUUUGCCCAUGAAGAUAAGAACAGCCCCCCCAAAGAGGAGGGCGUGUGUUCCCCACCCCCAGGGUCCAGUAAUGGUGGCACCAUGCAGCCCCUGGGGAGCCCGCAUUGUGUGAAGAGCAGAGGCAGGUUCCCCAUGAUGGGCAUCGGACAGAUGCUAAGGAAGCGACAUCAGAGCCUGCAGCCCCCCACAGACAGGCCUCUGGAGGCCAGCAUGCCCCCGCUGCAGCCCACAGCCCCUGUGAGUCUUUCCUUUGACCUGGCUGAUGGGGUCAAAGGCCAGUGUUAACAGGCCCACUGUGGGGUUCUGGGCAUUUCUAAGGAAAGCAACGGAGCAGUGUCUGUCAGGGUGUGAACUCAAAGGCCUCUCUCGGAGCAUCCUUCCUGGCGUCAGCUUCUCCUGACAUGCGAUGUCCCCACAGCUGAAACCCACAGACCCAGAGCCUGCACAGCCCAGUCCAGAGUAUACACCCCGCCCCCACCUCCCGAGAUGCUGGGGUCUCCUAGGAGAUUGUCUGUGCAGCCAGCUGCACUCCUGCACCACCUUCUUCCUCCUGCAAACUCGCUGGCCAUCGGCCACCUCCAUCCACUGGGCCAAGGGUGAGAAGCCUGCAUUGGCCCCUGGGCUCCUCAGAUUUCAGAUCCUCUGGAACUUUCCUCCACGAUGUGCUCUGUGUGUGUGCCUCUACUGGGUUCUGUUUCCACCCGGACCACGCUUUCCCCUCCCUUGGUAGAGGUGAGUCCCUGCAGCGUGGUGAGCGCUGGAGCCCCUGAGCACCAGGCCCCAGGAAACCCCCCAGGGAGAUGCGCAGAAGCCUCCGAAACCAGCCCCACCCACUCUGAGCAAAAAGGAGCCUCUGGUCAAUGACUGAUGGCAGCAGUGGGGACCUCCUUGAAAGGAAAAGACCCACAGGGACACACAUUUGCCCGGAAAGGUUUUGAUAGAUUUUUGUUUGUUUGUUUUUGGUUGAAACCUGCGAUCGGUUGAAUUAUCUUCUCCAAAGAUGAUUUUUCUUUAUGUGAAAUCGUUUCGUCGAAGCAGCAUCGUUUUUCAAAGCCUGAAUGGAGAGACGCGUAGCAAUUUCACCGAACUCCUCUUCUUGCGAGAGGAUAAACCUGGAGGGCGUCAGAACUCGCCCAGGCGAUGUUUUUAGCAGCUGGUGACCUCCGGUGGCCUGUACGAGGGGCACGAUCAUACCUAUCCCUGUGUUCUUCCUAUCGGAUCAGCAGCGCCCCGAUUCUUCUGGAAGAUGUAGAGCAGAGUUACCGUUGGUUAUUUAGAAAGAGAGAAGAUGGUUAAGGUGGGAUUCGAGUAUACCUGCAAGGCACCGUUACCUCUGUGCAAUGCAGUUUGCAAGCUGCCAAGAAAACACGGGUGGUCUAGCACCCCUCGGUUGGCCCUUGGCUGUGAGAGGCUCUCCUGGAGGGAACCCCAUUCAAAAGGCAGUACUGUAUCUUUGAGGAAAGCUGCGUUCCUCAAAUAGGCUUUGAGCCUGUGUUCUGUUUUCACACCUUUUCCAAGGAUGGAACCAAAGAUUACGUCUCCAGGUCUGUGUCUGUGCUGUCCUUGUGUACGUGCUUUGUGGACCCCGACGUUGUCUGACUGUGUUAGCUUGGAGCCCGCGGUGGCCUGUCUCUACGGGGCCCUGGGCCCUGGCGCUUGAUGGGGACCAUUCAGUGAUGAGCAGAAUUGGCCAAAGAAGAAGAGUUAGGAAGUUCCCUUGUGGCACAGCGCAGUUGUAGCUCGGGUUUGAUCCCUGGCCCUGGAACUUGCACAUGCUGUGGGUGCAGCCUCCCCACCUCCAAAAAAAAAAAAAAAAAAAAAGAGUCAGCACAGGUUGCAGAGAGGUCAGCUCAGGAGAGAAAGUUACCCUAUGGCCUGGAGUAUUCAACCAUUGGCCGGCGCAGGCAUGACUGGAAACCACGACGGUGGCCACCCCAGGGCUAGUCUUCUCUGUCCCCUGAUCCUGAAAAAAAGGCCACAGCCCUUGAGCACUGCAAAGCCUGCCUUCUCUUCCACCAGCAGCCAGCUGGAGCCAGAGGGUGGAGGGGUGGCUCUUCAUUUGUUUUCUCCUUUGCUGUUGGUGACCUCUUUCUGCCCCAUGCGUCUCUGGCUGCUUGAGGAGAGAGCAGAGAUCCAGCUGUCCCCGGAAGCCACUGCCAUGCCCAGUCUUGGCUGACCUUGACAGGACCUGGGGCUGCUGCUCCCCCACCCCCUUGAUGGGCUCACCCCAGUCCUCGGGCUUGUUGGGAGGGAGUCAGGCUCCCGGCUGUCGAUGGCACUCCUUUGUAUGGCUCCAGACUGGGUUCCUGAACUGUCUAUUUGAAAAUAGAGCUUUUUAGGCCGAGAGAAGAAAAGAAACAUCUGAAAAAGUCCCUCUCUCUGUUUGACAUGAAGUAUUUGGUUUUUGAUGGGCGAAGGAGCCUUUUUGGAAGCUGGUUUCAAGUGGCCAUGCUGCAGUCUGGCAGGCUGCAUAGCUGUGCCUGUGAACUGGAUCUAGCCCUUCACUGUCUUGUGUUUGACUUGCCUUGAUAACGCGAGCGUUCCUGUGUUGCUGUUAGCUUGUUGGGACGCGUUCCCGUUCAUCGCAUGCUUCCAGAACAGCCGCGGACUUUCCAAUCGCAUCCUGCGUCUGACCAGCCACGUCGCCACAGGCAACUUGAACUGUGAACUCAGGUUUAUUCCAAACCCAGUGGGAGGUGAGGGGAAGGGAAGAAGGGGAGGAAAUUGUUGUGUGCGUGUGAGCCCCGGACAAAUCUGUGAACUCGAGUGAAAGCGGACAUGUUAAAUUCUUUAUUAUUUUAUUAUAUUUAUAUGGAAGACUUGACUCUCCCUUUGGUAAGUACAAAGCGUGUUGUCUGUUUAACCCAUGACUGUCUGUCAUUAGUCUGCGCCCCUGAGCUUGGUCAGCCUGUAGUUACUGAUGGAGGUGGCAGAACCAUCAUCACAACGUCUAGGAGGAAGAGUUGACUCUCAUUGUCCCCAUUUGGUCAUAAGUAAGGACUGUAUGUCACUGUUAUUAAAUACAUGUACUUUUAUAAUGACUGUGAAAUACACUUUUCCCCUCACUA